AUGUUGAAUCAAGAAGCAAACCUGGAAACAGUUGUGAAGUUCACAUGGACUAUAAACAACUUCUCUCAAGAACUGAAGAACUGCAAGAUGCUCUAUUCUCAGACGUUCUUCGCUGGUGCUAAUCCAUGGAGGCUAUUGUUAUACCGUGAAGGUGACGACGACGAGGACGAAGAUUACGAAGAAGAAGAAGAAAAAGGAUUGUCAAUUUAUUUUGUUGCUGUGGAUUCUGCUAUUCAUGUUGAGCGGAUCCUAUAUUGUUCAAGAUUCAAGUUGUCUUUAAUUAAUCAAGUUGAUUGCAAAAUGACGAGAACCAAGACAACUAGUGAUGAUAUCUGUAUUGAUUUCUUAAAAAGCCAUGUUAGAAUGGGUUAUUCAUCGUUCAUAACUUUUGACAAAUUUCUCGACUCCAAAAAUGGGUUUCUUGUAAACGACUCGUGCGUCAUUGUUGCCGAAGCUUCUGUGAAUAACAAUGCCUCGCUUGGGAGCAGGUUAAUAGAUUUAAAUGGUGGAGGGAAAAUCGGAAAAGUUCAUCUUGAAUUGCUCGAUAAAGCAUGUUCAAAGCACCCUUCUCUUAUUGAAAGCCUUAUAAAGAGUAGCCAAAGGUUCAUUGAAGGGGGAUUCACAGCUUUGGGAAGAGUUCUGCAUUUUCUCAAGACUAAGAAAAUGAAGGAUAUGAUGAAUGACGAUGCUGCUCGUAAAGAGCUUCAAGAUUUAUGGGAUGAAGUUGAGAAAGUUGGAUUUGAUGAUUUGACAUGGCUUGAGCCUCAUGUUAGAUCAGCAUUGAGUAUGAAAGAUUAUAUUCAGAGAGAAGAGAUAGUGACAAAGCUGAAGGGAAAUGUGGUUGAUCUUGAAGACAGGUUAAAGAGGGCAAAAAGGGAAUUGGAAAUUGCUGAGAAAGACUUUGAUAAGAGAGAUUUGAAUGAUGCAUUAGCUCAUGGAAUAUCCUAUCUGUAA